GACAGAGGGAGGAAAGAAAGCCAUGUUCCCAUUAAAUGUUUUCACACCACAAGAAGCAGAAGUAACCACAAACUGAAUGUCCCUGAGCAUGGGCACUGAUAUGGAGAAAGAAUGCUUGCCGAGGAACUAGUGCUUAAACAAAGGACGAAGAUACUGCAUGCACUGUGCAGCAGUGGGUCAGCUGAGCAUCUGGAGAGGGUUCUGGAUAUACUGCUUGCCCAGGGGGCGCUCAUAUGGGAGGACUACCAGAACAUACAGGUACCAGGAAGAACACUGUAUACCAAUGCCAGACAGCUGCUUGAUCUGGUCUAUACAAAGGGUGUGGACACAUGUGAGCUCUUUCUACAUGCUCUCAAACUGGUCUUGCCUGAAGCACAGGCUGUGGGGCUCUCCUUCUCUGAAUCCUGCUCAAAUCUAGAAGAAAACGAUGAAUGUCAGAGCACUUCUAAUCAAACUCUUCUGGCUCAACGACCAAGCCUUGUCCACAAGCUUCAGGGCUGUGUUGAUGGUGUUCUAGAAGCUCUGCUGGAUUCGGGUCACUUUUCUUCAGCUGAUUGUGAUGAAGUGCGGUUACCUAUAUAUACUCCCACCCAACAGGCAAGGCGUAUGCUUGACCAUGUCAGAUCCAGAGGUGAUUUAGCAGCAUCGGUUCUCCUGCAGUACAUUCACCAGAAACAAGAACCUGGAUUGCCACUUAACCAGAGGGAACUGACUCCUCCCAAAGAGUUUUUAAAGUACCAGAAGAAGCUGAGCAGUUCUGUGUCUGCUCAGGCCUGCUUUCUCAGUACUUAUGCGGGAACUAGCCAUAUGUCUCUCGAUGACAUUUACACUGAUGGCCAGCUGGAACUAGCUGAAGUUAAUGCCCAUGGACCUUUGGGAUUGGAAGACAUCGUUGGUUUGGCGGGUAUAGUGAAUGAGGAGGCCGACACAGUGCUAGUAUCCGGGGAGGCAGGCAGUGGAAAAAGCACCCUUCUCCAGAGGCUGCACUUGCUUUGGGCUCGAGGGGUAGCCCUUCAAGACUUUCUCCUUCUAUUUCCAUUCAGCUGUCGUAGGUUGAAUUCAGAGCACAAUGAACUGUCAGCCCAGGAGUUGUUGUUUCAGCACUGCUGCUGGCCAGACCGGAACCAAGAAGAAAUUUUCCAGUUCAUCUUGGACCACCCGCAUCAAAUCCUGUUCACUUUUGAUGGCCUGGAUGAGCUCAAGCAGAGCUUUACAGAUGAACACAGAGUUUGCUGCCCCACCCAGCGUGCACCUGUUCAUGUAUUGUUGUUCAACUUAAUCCAGGGUUCCCUCAUGAAGGGGGUGCAGAAAGUGGUCACUAGCCGUUCAGAAGCAGUGAGCCCAUUGUUAAAGAAGCACCUACGCAAAGAGGUUGUCCUGAAAGGGUUUUCCCCAGCUGGGAUUGACUGUUUUGUACGGAAACAUCACAGGGACCCCACUGUAGCUGCUAAGGUUUUAGAGUCAAUGCAGGCGAACACAGCUUUACUUGGACUAUGUCACAGUCCAGUUCUCUGCUGGAUAGUUUCACAGUGCCAUAAGGAGCUGCUGGGCUGUGGAGAAGGCAGCCCCAAAACAAUUACAGAUGUUUACCUGAUGAUCUUACAGCACUUUCUCCAGCACCAAAGUCCUCUGAAGAGCACCAUGGGUUUAGGCUGGCUACAGGAGCACCUAAAAACAGUCCUUCUUCUUGGACGGCUUGCUUUUGAGGGGAUAACAUCCACCUGUUAUAUUUUUUCAGGUACAGACCUUGAAGCAUGCGGUGUAACUGAAAAGGAUAUCUGCAUGGUUUUUCUCAUAAAAAGCAAAGAUAUGUCUUCUACCCACUCCAAGUGCUAUGAAUUCAGUCAUGUGACAUUGCAAUGUUUCUUUGCUGCUCUCUUCAUUGUUUUGUCAUGUAACACUAACCGUUCAGUUAUCCCAAAACUCUUUGAGCUAGAGAACAUGAGGGAGACAGGUCUGACCCGUGUCUGCUUUGGAGCCUGCUUGCCUUCCAGUGAUCAACAACAGCAAGCUUCAGAGAAGGAAAGUAAAGCAGCAGAGACACCAAAUCUGCAAAUCACAGCCAUGUUUGUGUCUGGACUAUUGUCCCAGCGCCAUCAAAAUCUGUGGCUCCACUGCUGCCCCAGUGCUGCGGUGGAGAAAAAGGCCAGACAGGUGGCAAAAUGCCUUUCCAAAGGCAUGCAGAAACACUUUAGGUCCAUUCCCCAACCUGUACAAGGGGAAAAGAAGAGCAUGCAUGCAAUGCCAGACUUUGUGUGGCUUAUAAAAUGCCUCUAUGAGAUGCAGGAGAGUCAGAUAGCUAAAGAUGCUAUGAGCAAGUUGGAGGUGGACCAUCUGAAAUUGACAUACUGUAAUAUCGGACCUGUAGAGUGCACUGCGCUUGCUUAUGUGCUCCAGCACUUAAGAAAUGCUGUAGGCCUCCAGCUGGACAACAACUCUGUGGGUGAUGUUGGAGUGGAACAGCUUCUUCCCUGCAUGCACAUUUGCAAUUCCCUUUACCUCAGAAAUAACAACAUUACAGAUGAGGGCAUCCGCAAACUGAUUGCUAAAGUCAUCCAGUGUGACAGCUUCCAGAAAAUUGCGCUCUUCAACAACAAAUUAACUGAUGCUUGCAUGCAGGAUUUUUCUUAUUUAUUGAAGACCAAGCAGGUCUUCAUUUCUUUAAGGCUAGGCAACAAUAACAUAACAGCAGAAGGAGCAAAGCAGCUGGCAGAGGGACUGAAAGCCAAUCAAACCUUGGCGUACUUAGGGUUAUGGGGCAAUAGGAUAGGUGAUGCAGGAACCGAGGCCCUUGCUAGUAGUCUUGAGAAAAGCAACUCUCUGGUGUGGCUAAGCCUGGUAGGCAAUGGUGUAGGGAGUGCAGGAGCAUGUGCCCUCGCUAAUCUCAUCAGGAAGAGCACAUCACUGCAGGAACUUUGGUUGACAGAAAACUGCAUAACCAGAACGGGGGUGGAAUGUCUGAUUCAAGCCCUUAAACACAAUACACAUGUGACAUCAGUAUGGUUAAGAAACAAUGAUCUCAGUUUGGAGGAUGCAGAAGAAAUGAAGCAACUGGAAUCAAGACUGAUCUUCUGAUUUGUAUUACAG